ACAAUCCAGGCAACUCAACAAUGAGGUGCAGAGGAUAAUUUAAGUCACCCGACACUUGAUAGAAAUGACGAAGGCCGGCAAGGGCAAGGGCAAAGCAAAGGUUGGCGGUGUUGAAGAUAACCGCAAGCCCAAGCAUAGCCUCGAUGUCAAUCGGCCUAGCAAUGGCAAAGGAGGCAUGCGCGAUGCAGCCACGGUUCGCCGCCUCAAAAUGUAUAAGCAGAGGGCGGUGCGUGAUAAGAACGGCCGGCUACUGUACCAGGAGCUGCAAUCGAAAGAGCUUCCCAGCACUCGUAUCCAGCCCGACCGACGCUGGUUUGGAAAUACACGCGUCAUCGGCCAGAAACAGCUGGAGCAGUUUCGCACCGAAAUGUCUAGCAAGGUCAACGAUGCCUAUACAGUCCUUCUACGCGAGAAGAAGCUUCCAUUGCAGCUUUUAGAGGACCCGGAGAAGAAGGGCUCUGGCAAGCAGGCGCGUGCGAGCCUGCUGGCGACGCAGCCAUUCGCUGACACUUUCGGCCCUAAGAAGCAGCGCAAGAAGCCCAAGCUUGCUGUGGAGAGCCUUGAAGAUCUCGUCCAGACUGUGGGUGACAAGGGCGAACGAUAUGAUGAAGGAAAGGCAUCCAUUGGCCCGAGCAGCGAGCUUCAAGGGCUAAAGGACGUGAUGCUGGAGAGAGCUUACGAGAAAGGCCAGUCGAAGCGCAUCUGGGGAGAGCUUUACAAGGUCUUGGACUCGUCGGACGUUAUCGUCCAGGUGCUUGACGCACGGGAUCCGAAUGGUACGCGCUGUACGUUUUUGGAGCAGCACAUUCGGAAGCAUCUGCGGCACAAGCACAUUAUUUUGCUACUGAACAAGUGUGACCUGGUCCCUUCGUGGGUUACAAAAAGAUGGCUGCACUACCUUUCACGAGAGUUUCCCGUCUUGGCCUUUCAUGCUUCGAUUACCAAUCCCUUCGGCAAGGGCGCGUUGCUGUCGCUUCUACGGCAGCUCGCUCGGUUGCGAUCUGACAAGCAAGCGAUAUCUGUCGGCUUCGUAGGCUACCCCAACGUCGGGAAGUCCUCCGUCAUCAACACGCUCCGGACGAAAAAGGUCUGCAAGGCAGCGCCCAUCCCAGGCGAGACCAAGGUCUGGCAGUACAUCACCCUGAUGAAGCGCAUCUUCUGCAUUGACUGUCCUGGUGUCGUGUACAACCGCACAAAUGACAGUCCGACGGACUUGGUGCUGAAGGGAGUUGUGCGGGUCGAGAACCUUGAGGACGCGACGCAUCACGUCGAUCCCGUGCUUGCUCGUGUCAAGCCCGAGUAUCUGAAGCGUGCGUACAAGAUUAAGGAAUGGAAGGACACGGAGGAUUUCCUUGCCCAGCUUGCAAGGCUUUCCGGAAAGCUGUUGCGCGGCGGCGAACCGGACCUUAACACAGCCGCACGCAUGGUGUUGUAUGAUUGGCAGCGUGGCAAGGUUCCCUUCUUCACCCUUCCCCCGGACCACACCGAAGACGCCCCUGGCUCUGCUGCCGCAAAGGACGAUGUGCUCACUGGACUGGGCACGGCUUCUGCAGCGGCUUUGCCUGUACCAAAGGAGCUCGUAACCGAGGAAGAUGCUGCUAAGGAGGCUGGCGCUAAGCCGGAGGCGGCGGCAGCAGCGGCACGGGCUGUGCGCGAAUUGCUUCUUGGCGCUUCAGCUGCCCAGGUAAAAUCCGCCAUCCCGGUACAGCAGGACUACUACAUGCCGGAAGAUGAGCGUUGCGAUGGAGAAAUUGAGGUGGACACAGCGGUUGAUCCAGAUGCAAUAUCCUCCGGCUCGGAUGAGGAGAGCGAGGACGAUGACUUGGCCAGCGGAGGUACGUCCUCGGACGAGGACGCAUCCGAGGGUUCCACGGGUGAAGACUCUGGACCAUGUGUUUCUGAUGAUGGCAACCUUGAGGCUACGGAGGCUGUCCCAUCUGUGGCGGGCAAAGGGUCUAAGAGGUGCAGAGAUCAAGAUCCUACGGCUGCAUCGGUUGCCGAUGACGGGGACGAGAGCGAUGGCUAUGGCGAUGGAGGUCUAUCAUGGGAGGCGGUGCUUGCAUGCGUACAGGGUGAGGUACCAUCGAACAAGACGCGUAAGCAAGCUGAACUUUCCAAGGAUUCGUCAAGCCGUUGCGGACGUGGAGUGGCGCGAGCGAAGAAUGCCGGCAGGGGAAAGAGAGAUGUUGCCAAGCCAGGCUUCAAGACACUGGAAUGAAGUGUUAGGAAUGAGAUCCAAACAUACUAUUUAUUUACAUUAUGCAGGAUGUUUUGUUGUCUGGCAGUUCAAGUGGAGUGUAAUUAAUUGAGAUGGACGUUGCCCUAACCGUUAUUUUGGCAAUAUACUUGUAAGCAGUCCGGCCAAGUUACAUUCAUUUCAUUCUUCUUAUUGACAAGACAAUAUCUACAAAUUAUGAAAAUGCUUUUGUAUAUUCAGAACGCUUAUGCACUCAGUUUCAGGCCGAGAGACUAUUGUAAAUACCAAAGUGUU